AUGUCAAAAAACGUAUCGAAGGAUGAAGAGCUUGUAUCAAUUUCUUCAGAUUAUGGUGUAGCGGAUAUAUUAGAAGAUAAAGACGUUUUAACAGCCGUAUCAAGCAUACCUACACGAAACCAAAGAAAUGAACAAAUUAAGGAGGAGACACAAGGUAAUGAAAAACUUGAUAAACUUCUUUCAAACACUGUUAUUCCAGAACACGAUACGAUAAGUGAUGGAAUAAAACAUUUCGAAAAAGCUUUAUAUCAACAAAUGUCAGAAGGCGUCUUCCAGAAGCGCUUAAAAAUUAAAAAUUUAACCCUGACGCCUAAACCAUCUAUGCAUCAGGUGUUUUUGUUACAAUGUGGUGAUGCUAAUUCACUACUAGUGAAAUCGUGCACUGCACAAAAUAAUUACCCAAACGGUCAAAAACGUGAUAAGUUACGUGAAAAAACACAGCUCUCCGAAAUUUCUAAAUCCUAUUUAGAUUGGAGUAAUCUUAACAUACCGAUAAAUGUUGCAACAAUAGGAUAUAGUUUUCCUAAAUUUAAGUCUAUUAAAUGUGGUUCUAACACUCUAAUUAAAUUUAUCGAUAGUGAGAAAUCAGGUUUUCAAUUAACUAAUAAAGAACCGAAAAAUUCUAAUGAUGAAAAAGCAGUACAAACUUUACAAUCAGUUAAAGGAGGUAUACAUAUUGAUGCUGGUAUUAGUACGGCUGGUUUAACAAAGAUAACUGAAAAAAUUGUUCAUAAUUGUACAGAUUCGUCUGAACUUUUAAUAAAUACUAAAAGAAAUGCUCAAUUCGAUACCAUAAAGGCCACUAACGAAAAUGAAAACGUUACUAAUACUACAUCACUUGAUAUUUUAGCUGAACUUUUGGAUGAAAUUGAAAACAUAGCAAAAUAUCAAAGUCUCAAAGCGAGGGAUGAAGAUAAAACUGAAACAAAGCAACCAUGUAACCCAAGUGCAGAUCCGAACUGUUAUGUACCUCAUGUAUUUACAUCAUUUUGUUUGAAUAGAAAUUGCAUAACGAGCAAAAAUCAAUCAAAUGCACUUGAAUCUGAGUUAAUACGGAACUUUGAUGAUGAUUUAGGUCAUGUUACUCAGAAAACUGUUAAAAUUGCCAAUACAAUAGAGCCAAAGUAUAUUGACAAGGAAGUGACUGUAACCAUAUAUAAAGAAUGCACUAACGCGUUUACGGACGUCCCUUCUCAAUUAAGUAUACCGAAAGAAGAGCAUCGAAAUACUUUAAAGUCUUUUACGGGUACUAUAAGCGAACCCUCUAAUCAUUCACUUGUAUCUUUAUAUGAUUAUCGUACUUUAUAUUUAAAUAAAAUUAAAGAGAUGCCAUAUAUCCAAUCUUUUAACCAACCUGAGCAAAGUGAUGAUCCAGUGGAAAAUUAUGAUCAAUUAGCUGAUAGAAAAGGAAAUGAUGAUAGUGUAUAUCAUAAAAACCAAAAGGAUUUUAAUUCCAUGCUCAGAAUCAAGAGAGAUAUUCUAGUCACUAUUUACUCUAUUUUAGUGUUUACUGUUUUCGCUGCCUUGUCUUUGUCAGAAUUUAUAUAUUAA